AAAAUAGUAAGAAAAGAAAACACAGAAAGUCUGAAACUUUAAUAAGCAGCUGAACACUCUCCUCUCUGCUUGCUUUUUUUAUUUGUGGAGCGCGAGCAAAACCACAGAUCUGAAGAUCCAUCCCUCAAUGCGGUUUACUUACUGAUCCCAAGGAUAACUCCGGUUGACUAUCUCCAGAAAAAUCCCCACACCAUUUUUUUAACAUCAGGAAGAGCUAGGGUAGGUUUGAAAUUGUAUCCUAUUUUGUGGAUUCACUAGUUUUUCACACCGGCAGUUAUGUCAAGGCGACAAGUAAGUUCCACACGGCGACUUGUCGACAGUGGAAACUUUUCAUUUGCUGGAGCAUUGCAUUCAAAGUCACGUUCCUCUCCCUUUUUAUCCAUUGGCCUUGUCCUCCUGGGAGCAUUUCUUCUUAUUGCCUAUGCUUAUAGUGGCUCAGGUGUAUUUGGAGGUGGCAAAGAGGCUCUUAGUAAGGUGGAAGGUGACUUUUCUUGCACACUAGAAGUUCAAAGUGCAAUACCUAUUUUGAAGAAAGCAUAUGGUGAUGGCAUGCACAAAGUUCUGCAUGUGGGCCCUGAUACUUGUUCAGUAGUAUCUCAACUUUUAAAAGAAGAGGGCACUGAAGCUUGGGGUCUAGAUCCAUAUGACACAGAGGAUGCAGAUGCAAAGUGCAAGAGUCUUGUGCGCAAAGGAAUUGUGCGUGUGGCUGAUAUCAAAUUCCCCUUGCCCUACAGGGCUAAGUCAUUUUCUCUCGUUAUUGUCUCAGAUGCUCUUGAUUACCUGUCUCCAAAAUACUUGAACAAGACUCUUCCGGAAUUUGCAAGAGUUGCUGCUGAUGGUCUUGUCAUAUUUACAGGUUCUCCUGGUCAACAGAGAGCUAAAGUUGCAGAGUUAUCCAAGUUUGGACGACCAGCCAAAAUGCGGAGUUCAUCAUGGUGGAUUCGCUUUUUUGUCCAGACAAGCUUAGAGGAAAAUGAAGCUGCCAUUAAGAAGUUUGAGCAGGCGGCAUUAAAGAGGUCAUACAAGCCAACCUGUCAAGUUUUCCACCUCAAACCACACCACUGAUGUUAGAAAAUCUGUAACUUAUACUUUCACGAUUUUUUGGUUAAUUUGUAUGCAAUCAAAACUAAGAUGACUAUCAUCAGCUGUCACACAAAACAUACCUUCUGCUAGGCAGUUGAAUUUGGUGAAGGAUAGAUUGUGGGUAUGAUGACCUUAUGUAUUGUCCUUGAUAUUAUACAGACCACUUAUUAACAUUGUUUAAUGGAAAAUUUGGUAAUUUACUUUGA